AUGGCUGCCUUGACCAGUUCCGACUAUGCCGCUGUAUCUGAUGGCACCAAAAUCUACCUCUAUUAUCAAAACGGUGCAUCCCAGAUCCUUGAGGUUACCUCUUCGGAUGGAUCCAGCUGGACGGAGAGUCCUAACCCAGUUGCUGAUAAACUGAAUCCCGCCGGAUCUCCUAUAACAGCCUACUAUGUGGCGAAUGACGGCGCUGAGGGGAACAAGCCCUCUAUCCACCUCUUCUUUAUCGACGCAUCUGGAAUUCUUCAUGAGAAGGUCAAGUCCCUCCCGCAUGGCACUUCAUGGAAGGAUAAGGAGUUCGCUUCUCAGAUCGAGAAAUCUCCCGCUACAACAUCGCGGCUGUCUAGUGGAAUCUGUCAUGACGGCCCUAAGCCCGCUCACCAGUGGCUAUUUUUCGAAGAGUUCAAUACGGCCACAGGUGUUACCGAAAUAUCUGAGCUUCGAUGUGGCGAUGACAGCGGAUUCCAGUGGAGGUAUCGAAAGGGUCUCUCGGAGGGAGCCGCCACUGCUCUUCCUGGAACUCAAUUGGCUACAAAUCUCACUGAUACCACCACCCACUUGUUUUUUCAAAGGCAUGACGGUGAAAUCUUUGAAUAUCUUGGCAGUUACGAUAAAUGGCAUUCCCAGAAACCUAUUCUUAAAAGUGGGGAGGUUGAAAUCAGCACUCCUCUCGCCGCCAUCAGUUCAAAGGCCACGGACAAGCCCUAUCUCUUUUAUGUGACUAAAACCUCUCCAUACGAGGUCAUGGCUUACACCGACGGCACAAAAACAAAGGUUGGGCUUUAUGUUCCAGGCACCAAGUUGGGCGCUGUCAGUUUCGGUGGAAAGAUCUACCUCUUCCAGAAACCCCUCGACCACCCGGCAAGUGUUUGGACUAGAGUUUAUGACGGUAACUCUUGGAAGUUGGGCUCUAAAGUCGUUGAGUAG